UCUUCCAAACGAACUAUUAACGUAAUGCAAAUGUUGUGUCGGUUUCACGCAUCUUGUGUCUUGUAACGUUAAUAACUUGCUUUUAUCAGUCAGUAGCAAUGGCAUUGACAGAACUGUACAUGUUUUUAGUAUUAAUGAUAUUUACAAUUCUUCCAAACGUUUGGCAAGCGGACGGGAACACUGGCGAGGAGUCUUUGGAACGCUACAAAAUCGAUGGAAAAGUGUUCAUACAAGGCUUCAAACCAGCUGACUGGAUUUCUCAAACCAAAAUUCUUGUAGAUGGUGGGAAUUACAUUGGCUUUCUCAAAAGUGAUGGUAGCUUCACUGUAAACAAUGUUCCGGCUGGUUCAUAUGUAGUAGAAGUUAUGUCACCAAACAACCUCUUUGAGCCUGUCAGAGUUGACAUCACCAGAACAAAGGGUAAAAUCAGGGCAAGAAAAGUCAACUUUCUUCAGAAUUCAGUUGUUGCCACUGUCCCCUACCCUCUAAAAUUCAAAGCGAAAGAACCAGCACCAUUUUUUGAGAAGAGGGAACAGUGGAAAGUCACUGAUAUGCUUUUUAAUCCCAUGGUUCUGAUGAUGGUUUUGCCGCUCCUCUUGUUGUUAGUUUUGCCAAAACUUAUCAACAGUCAGGAUCCAGAAACACAAAAGGAAAUGCAAUCCUCAAUGAACAUGUUUAACCAGUCAAAAGAUCUACCUGACAUCUCAGAUUGGUUUGCAAAGAACUUCUCAUCUGGCAGUAAGAAAAAAACAACCAGCAAAACUGCACAAAAGAAAGCUGUGGUAGGGAGUGCAAGAAGACGUUGAGUUCAUUUGUAAAUUUUGCAUCAAUGUUCCAUGAUAAGAUUUGGCUUCAUACUGUCUGCAAGGAUCUUUCCAACUAACAAUAGACACUUUUGGUAACAAUAUGAAACUACAGCACUGUAUAACGAGAGUGUGGUCUGGGCACUAAAGUUGACAUGACUUGUACUAUUAAAUUUCUUUGUUUUAUAACAAAUCGCAUGUGCAGUUCACCUCAUCAGUUCACCUCAUCAGUACACUUUUGAACUUAUUUAUUGAUUACUCAAAGUACAAAGACAAUUUCAUAAACCAAAUGCUAACUUACAAGCAUGGAAUACUUGGGAUGAAUUAUACAUGUACUUUAUCUUUUUCCUUAAAACUAUGAUUCAUAGUGCUGUAGAGCUAUACAGAGGAGUUUUUAAGUCAA